AUGCAAAUGAUUCCCUGGCAAAUACGUGUAUUUCUACAUACUUUGACAUUUGUUUGUUCAAAUAAAUCGAAAGAGUCUAUGGAUUUCUUUGGCGAAUACACGCUUGCAAGGGAUGGAAUGAGGCCUUUACUUAUUGAAUUGAAUAUUUUAUUACCGGCAAAUUCCAAAUGUAAAAUUGAAUUUGAAUUUGAAGCAGCGUUUUUAAAAAUAUCAGAAUUUCCUCCAGAUGCUAAUAGUGGUAUUCAUGUUCCUGGCGCUGUUCUUUCAAUUUCACAGGAUGAUUCAACAAAUUUGUCUCUUUUUAGUACAUUUACAAACAAAUCAGCAAAUCAAAAAAUAUUUGGCGAGCCAUUACUUAUUCUUCUCCCUGUGCCUGAUUUUAGUAUGCCAUUUAAUGUAAUUUGUUUUGUUUGUUCAACAAUUGCUAUUUUUUAUGGAAAUAUAUUUGCUUUGAGUACAAAAUUAAUGAAACUUUUCCCUAAAGAAGAGAAGUUGCUAGAAAAUGAACAGGAAUCUAUGCUAACAGUUAAACAAAAAAUAUUUAAACGUUUUUAUAAUUUAUUUUCUCGUUAA